GUGUGUGUGUGUGUGUGUGUUUGUGUGUAUGUGUGUGUGUGUGUGUUCGUCUCGCUGGACGCUGUCGGUUCUGCUGUUUUUGGUUCGGAUCCAAACUGAAAAACAGAAACAGGAAGUCGUCAGGUGUGGCAUGAUCAUCUGGUCUGCAGGUUUCCCAUCAGCCCCCUGAACUACAGUCAUGGGUGACAGCCAAAAGGGUUUGAUGUCCGUGGUCCACAAGCUGAAAGGUGGACGAGGGGCAGAGCUUAGGAUAGUCCUGCUGGGAUUGGACAAUGCUGGGAAGACAACCUUGUUGAAACAGCUCGCCUCCGAGGACGUCAGCACCAUCACACCUACACAGGGCUUCAACAUCAAGAGCAUCACGUGUCACGGCAUGAAGCUGAACGUCUGGGACAUCGGAGGCCAGAGGAACAUCAGAACCUACUGGAAGAAAUACCUGGAGAACACAGACCUGCUGAUCUACGUGGUGGACAGCACUGACAAGAAGAGGUUCGAGGAGACCGGAGUGGUGAGACCAUCAGAGCUUCCUGAUGAACAAAUCAGCUUCAUGAAAACCUUUACAGUCUUAGAGACUCUCUCUCUCUCCUCCUCUCUCUCUCUCUCUCUCUCUCUCUCCUCCUGUCUCUCUCUCCAGGAGCUGUCAGAGUUGAUCGAGGAGGAGAACCUUCACGGCGUUCCAGUUUUAAUCUUCGCCAACAAGCAGGACGUUGCCACGGCGAUGCCAGCGAGCGCGGUCGCCGAGGGCCUGAACCUGCACACGUACCGCGACCGGGCGUGGCAGAUCCAGGCGUGCUCUGCCCUCACCGGGGAGGGAGUCCAGGUACAGCACACCUGCGUUUCAGGACGGGAUGAACUGGAUCUGCAACAACGUCCUGAGAGAGAAGCAGAAGCAGUGAGAAGAACCAAGGAGGAGCUCAGCUUCCUGUCUGCCGCCCCGGUUCCACCACCAGUUAGAGCCCCACACCGGGCCUCAGGCUGCCUCCUCCUCCCCUCCGGUUCCACUGGUUCUUCCACCUCUCUGCCUCCUCCGCCCCUCCUGUUCCUCUGGUUCCUCCGGUUCCUCUGGUUCCUCCGGUUCACCCAGUUCUUCUGGUUCCUCCGAUUCCUCCGAUUCCUCCAUCUCGCUGCCUUCUCCGCCCCUCCGGUUCCUCCAGUUCCUCUGGUUCCUCCAUCUCUUCCUCCUCUGCCCAUCCUGUUCCUCUGGUUCCUCCGGUUCCUCCGGUUCACCCAGUUCCUCUGGUUCCUCUGGAUCCUCCAGUUCCUCUGGUUCCUCCGGUUCCUCUGGUUCCUCCACAUCUCUGCCUCCUCCACGUCCUCCGGUUCCCCCGGUUCCUCUGGCUCCUCUCUGUUCUGUACAUCAGGAUCUGAUCUGUGAACAGUCGGAGGAGAAGUUGGACCAAACAACACAAAAGAACAAGAACAAACACCAAACCAGCAACAAAUGAGGAUAAAAUUAUCACAAGAAAAAUAAAUCAACUUGAUAUGACAAGAUAUGUUUGUGUCGUUAUGGUUCUGAGCCCUGUUCUCCUGUUUUGUCACGUUCCUACCUCAUAAAUCCUCCACCUGCUGCACCUGCUGCACCUGCUGGAACUCAGUGGUUUGAAGGUGAAGGUGGUGCAGCGAGGAGCCACAUGUUGUUUGAAUUUAUUCAGACUGAAGAAAAGCUCAAAGUUUCCUCCUGAAUUCAAACAGCCAAACAAUAAGAAAGUUGUCCAGGGAUGAAUAAGAUUAGUAAUCUGAUUAGCUAUAAUCUGUGAGAUCUUUUUGCUUCGGCAAUAUCAGAAACAACAGGAGGACGUCAGCAGCGGAGGGAGGAGUCUAAUGUCCAGGUGUGUAGAGCCCCUCACCUGUCCUAGGAUCUGUCUGUGUACAAGUCAAGAUAAGAGAAAAAUAAUAAUAAAAAAGACAUAAUUUCAACUUU